CCAUACAGACGCUCACGGAGGUAUAUGUGUACACCGGAUCUCCUCUGUAUUGGUAGAAAGCGUCGUCGGAAAAUUCAUCUGUAGGAGGAAAAAUCGAUAAGUGUUUCGAGCAAAUUUUCUUACGUCUAGCUGUACGCAUCGUCAGUUGCAAAAAUCUAAUUGCCAAUUUUAAAUGUACAUUGUGGAUUGUUUCGAAGAAUAAUUUCGGUGUUGGAAGUUAGUAGCAAGGUUCUGUGCGAGGAACUAGAGGAAUUGCGUGGCUAAACGUGCUAAUACAGCUAAUUUGCGUUCUAUUUUGAAUGUAGCAUACGUGAUGAACAACCAGAGAUAAGUGCUUGAGUUUUAAUACUAUGAAAACGAGUCGUUCGUUGAACAUUGCAAGCCAUUUUUUCGGAAAAUCUGUAUCAUUAAAAACUGAUUAAACAGUCAAAAUCAAUAAUACGCUAGAGUGAAGCAGUGCAAAUCGUGAUAGUGUAUGAGUCAUCGUACUGCAAUAAAAGUGCAUCGACUGUCGCGUUCGAGCGGAGCCCCGCAUCAGCCGUCGUUGUAUCGGAACUGGAUCAAAACACUGACAUAAAGAAAAAGUGUGUCGCGACGCGAUACGAUAAGAGUAAGCAAAAGUAGGGUGCACAGAAAGGGAAUCGUCUUGCGUGGGAUCGAACGAACGGCAAAAUUUUCACCACGAAUCGCAACCCUAAAAUGCGUGCGCUAGGAAUAGCGCAGCCUAACAAUCACCAUCAAACAGGCGGCAGUAGCGGUCUGAGUAGUUCGGCGGGUAGCAGCAGCAAGCUGAAGGACGGCAGUACGAUUACACUGCCCAAACCGAUACUGUGCGGGGCCUCCGGUGGCAAUGGCAGCGGUGUUUCGUCAGCUAUCGGAAGCCUUGCAGGUAAUGCACCUGCUAGCUGCAGCGAGUCCAGUGCCCAGGACACCAUUUAUCUCUGCAAUUUUCGCGUGUCGGUUGACGGCGAAUGGCUCUGUCUGAAGGAGCUGCAAGAUCUCGAUAUAAAGGACGGCAAUCCUACCGUCGUCGGCGGCAAUGGCGGACAUCACGGCAAUAGCGGCGGCUCCGGUGGCAACGGUGACGGUGAUGGUUCGCUCAAUACUUUUGGUAUAAUUGAGAGUGCGAAGGGCGAUGACAAGAUUAUCGAGCGCGAUUGGGUUAACUACUACUCCCGUGAUCCAGCUUCGAUCGAGCGGAGUAACCUGGUUAACAUCUGUAAACUGGUGGUCAAGGAAUUGCUUGAGCAAUCGAUCCGUUUCGGGCGGAUGCUUGACUCCGACCACUUACCGUUGCAGCAUUUUUUCAUCGUGCUCGAACAUGUGCUUCGACAUGGGCUGCGGCCCAAAAAGGGAUUGCUGGGUCCGAAGAAGGAGCUGUGGGAUAUCCUGCAGAGUGUCGAGCGAUACUGUAUGGAGGCACAAGAUAUCACCUCCUCUGUGCGGGAUCUUCCCACAGUACGGACGCACAUGGGUCGCGCUAGGGCUUGGUUGCGGUUAGCUUUAAUGCAGAAAAAACUGGCUGACUAUCUUCAGGUUUUAAUCGAACGCAGAGAUGACACACUAGCCGAGUACUACGAGCCACAUGCACUGAUGAUGAGUGAUGAGGUGAUCAUAAUUAUUGGUAUCCUGGUAGGGCUCAAUGUCAUUGAUUGUAAUUUGUGCGUCAAAGAAGAAGAUUUGGACUCACAGCAGGGUGUGAUUGACUUCUCGCUGUAUCUAAGAUCUAGCUCCCGUAACAGUCCCGAUGAGGAAAAUAAUGGUACCAACAGUAUGGUACAUGCUAUCGAGGGGGCUUCCAGUGGCACAAUGACGGCUGUGUUAGAUCAAAAAAAUUACAUCGAGGAGCUAAAUAGACAUCUCAAUGCGACGGUGGCAAAUCUUCAAUCCAAAGUUGAAUCCCUCACAACAACUAAUGCCCUAAUGAAAGAAGAUUUAGCUAUCGCUAGGAACAGCCUGCUAGCGUUGCAAGCGGAGAAUGCCGCCUUGAGACGAGCUUCGCAGCACGGCCAACCACUCGACGACAAAACGAAUGUGUUGGAUCGCUUGGAUCCGGAAAUGGCGGAAGCUUUAGCUGAAGAGCGAAAGAAACGCCAAGACAUAGAAAAGGAACUAGAUCUACAGAUAUCACUAAAGGCAGAGACUGAGAUGGCGAUGAAACUAUUGGAAAAAGAUAUCCACGAAAAGCAAGAUACAAUCGUAUCGCUGAGGCGCCAGUUGGAGGAUAUCAAGUCGAUAAACUUGGAUAUGUAUCGAAAACUUCAGGAAUGCGAAGCAUCAUUGAAGCACAAAACAGAGCUCAUGGCACGAAUGGAAACUCAGCGUGAAUCGAUGGCCAAUGCCAUAGCGCAGUUGGAGAAAAAAUACAACUCGGAAACGGCUAGCCUCAAUGCACUGCAGGAAACUUCACAGACCCUAUCGCUACAGGUGGUUUCCUGCGAGCAGCGGGCGACCCGUGCCGAAGCAGAUCUUCGCAUCGAGCGUGAAUGGCGCACGGCUAUGCAGGAGAACGAGAUCAAACACAAAGAACAAAUCAGUGCCCUCCAGCUGGAAGUCAGAGCCCUGUCCGAAGACUCCAAGCAACAUGAACGAACGAAAGCAGACCUCGCCAAACUUCGCAAACAGUGGGAGGAAGAUCAACGAACUCUGGAGGAGCUAGGGGUGCAGAUAAGUGUCAGCAAGCUGCAGAUCUCUGAGCUGAAGGAAAGAAAUCUACAGCAGGGUGGUGAUGUGAGUUCGAAAAGUGACUCCGCAGCAAACAACGGUGGCUCGUGGACCCCGGAUCGUGUGGUGUCCAACUGUAAAGGUUGCGAGAAGGAGUUCAGUAUCACCCGCCGGAAGCAUCACUGUCGCCAUUGUGGCAAUAUUUUCUGCUCGAAUUGUUCUGAGCAUGUCGCUGUGAUACCGGGAGAAGCGAACGGAAAACCAGUGCGCGUGUGUGAUUCCUGUUGGCAGCGGUUGGCCAGCAGUUCCACCACAGGUGGGAAAUGGGGUGGUGUAAAUUGAACACGUGAUCUUGUUUCACGGAACGAUAUUUUAUGCAGAAGCUGUAAUACCUUUUAUUUUAUUUAUCUUAUUUGAGCUUUUGUGCUAUUCGUUUUAUCCAGCGCUCUAGGUAACUUUUGUCAUUUUAAUUUAGAUAUACUGAUGUCGAAAAUACUCGGAAGUGCAAACAGUUUAGAUGCCUUAACGGAAACAUACAUAUUAAUUGUAGUCUAGCAUCAAUUGUCGAGCAAAGUAUAACAGAACAGAUAUGAAAAUAUUAUUUAUAUAUUUGGAUCAAUAAAAUGAAAACAUAUAAGUA